CAGUGCCGCGAUUCGCAGCGACCAGUCUCCAUCCCUCUGGGGCCUCUGCAGGCUUUCUCGUUCGAGCCCCCACAGCUCCCAGCCUGUGCGUUCCCUGCAAAGCCAUGUGGCUGUGCCUGGUGGCCCUUGUGGGCCUCUACUUCCUCCUCCGCUGGUACCGGGAGAGGCAGGUGGUGAGCCACCUCCGAGACAAGUACGUCUUCAUCACAGGCUGUGACUCGGGCUUUGGGAACCUGCUGGCCCGGCAGCUGGACCUGCGAGGCUUGAGGGUGCUGGCCGCGUGUCUGACGGAGCAGGGGGCCCAGCAGCUGAGAGGCCAGACGUCAGACAGGCUGGAGACCGUGAUCCUGGACGUCACCAAGACAGAGAGCAUCUCGGCAGCCGCCCAGUGGGUGAAGGAGCGAGUGGGGGACAGAGGACUCUGGGGCCUGGUGAAUAACGCUGGCGUCUCUGUGCCCACGGCACCCAAUGAGUGGCUGACCAAGCAUGACUUCAUGAAGAUACUCGACGUGAACCUGUUGGGCUUGUUGGAGGUGACCCUGAGCCUGCUGUCGCUAGUGAGGAAGGCGAGGGGCCGCGUGGUCAAUGUCUCCAGCGUCAUGGGCCGGCUCUCCGUUUUGGGUGGGGGCUACUGCAUCUCCAAGUAUGGCGUUGAGGCCUUCUCAGACUCCCUCAGGAGGGAGCUCUCCUACUUUGGAGUGAAGGUAGCUGUGAUCGAGCCUGGUUACUUCAGCACUAACAUCUGCAACACUGAGAAGAUUUCUAGGGCCACCCAGGAGGCAUGGGAUCAGGCCAGCCCAGAGGUGAAGGAGAUCUAUGGGGAGAAGUUCCUGGCAUCUGUCAAGAAAUCAAUCGAAAAGCUGGAGUCAUUGUGUUGCAACAACCUGUACUUGGUGACAGACUGCAUGGAGCACGCACUGACGGCCCGCCACCCCCGUACCCGGUACUCCCCAGGCUGGGACGCCAAGCUCUUCUACCUCCCCAUGAGCUACAUGCCCACCGUGCUGGUGGAUGCCAUCAUUUCCUGGCACUCCCUGAAGCCCCUUAAGGCUCUCUAACCCAAGCUGCGGUGCGUGGAUGGACACAGCCUGGGGGAGUUAAUGUCCCUCUCCACUGAAGAUACCUGUGAUGGAAUGGAGAUGUGCAUGAUGACCCCAGCCUGCGCCAUUAGCCUGAGGUGCCAGCUCCCAGACCUUGGCUGAAAGGACAUGUCUAUAAUUGGGAUCAUGACACAGGACCCAGAAACCAGUUACCAGCUUUCAGUUGGUUGGCUCAAUUAGUUAAGUGUCUGCCUUUGGCUCAGGUCAUGAUCCCAGAGUCCUGGGAUCAAGCCUCCUGG